UCUGAUUCUACAUCCGUGUGCAUAUGGUGCUUGGUAGAGGUGUCAGCCGCAAUAGAAAUACACAUCUACUGAUAAAACGCGUUUUUGUCGUAGUAAAUUAGGGAUUACAUUACGAAAUCAGUUAGAAGAGUGACAUUCUUUAUUUCAACGAGCUACUCGUGUUUAGAGUAUUUCAAACUGGACCGUUUGCCGCUAGAAGAAGUAACAUAAAGGGGCAGGUGCGAUUAAUUGCUAGCUCCUGUCCUGUGCAACAUUUUAGCUAAUCUGACGUUACAGGCUGGUGAGAAAUACUGAGGCUGCCAGGCGAAGAGCCAAUUUGGACGAACACUAGCGAUGCAAUAAUUAUUUAGGACAUUUUUAUAGCUAGAUGUGUCUUUCCUAACACUUUCAUUUUUUGAUAUCUGUGUUCAUUUAAUCGACUGUCAGAUAACGUUAGCUUGUUAGCAAGCUAGAUAGUUAAACAACAACAAUGUCGGAUAACCAGAGCUGGAAUUCUUCGGGUUCCGAUGACGAUGUGGAGACCUCGGAAUCGGGAGUCGGGCAGCCAGUUGUUGGCAUCGCCGAGUUCGGUGGAAUCCUCAGCAAGUGGACUAACUACAUCCACGGCUGGCAGGAUCGCUGGGUGGUUCUGAAGAACAACACUCUGAGCUACUACAAGUCUCAGGACGAGAGAGAGUUUGGCUGCAGAGGGUCACUGUGUCUCAGCAAGGCUGUCAUCACUCCCCAUGAGUUUGAUGAGUGCAGGCUGGACAUCAGUGUUAACGACAGUGUGUGGUACCUGAGGGCCAUAGACCCAGAACACAGACACCAAUGGAUCAACUCCAUCGAACUACACAGGAGUCUAAGAGAGGGGAGGAUAGACAGUGGAGUCAUCCAGAGGACAUCACUAGUCUCUCCAGCAGCAGUGUGUUUAAUGGCUGAGUCUGGGUAUGGGUCAGAGUCCAGUCUGAGGAGACAUGGCUCCAUGCUGUCUCUCACGUCUGCUACGAGCGGCUACUCCGCCACAUCCACAUCCUCCUUCAAGGGUCACAGCCUGAGAGAGAAGCUGGCGGAGAUGGAGACAUUCAGAGACAUCCUGUGCAGACAGGUGGACACGCUGCAGAAAUACUUUGACGGCUGCUCCGACGCUGUCUCCAAGGACGAGCUGCAGAGAGACAAAAUUGUGGAGGAUGAUGAGGAGGAUUUCCCCAACACUCGGUCAGACGGAGAGUUCAUCCACAACAACAACGGCAGCAAAGAGAAGCUGUUCCGAUCGCUGAGCCCUAAAGGCAUCAAUGGGAUAGACUUUAAGGGCGAGGCUAUCACGUUUAAGGCCACCACAGCUGGGAUCCUGUCCACCCUGUCCCACUGCAUCGACCUGAUGGUGAAGAGAGAGGACAGCUGGCAGAAGAGACUAGACAAGGAGACGGAGAAGAGGAGGAGGAUAGAGGAGGGCUACCAUUCUGCUCUCUCUGAGCUCAAGAAGAAGUCUCACUUCGGAGGCCCUGAUUACGAGGAGGGGCCUAACAGCCUGAUCAAUGAGGAUGAGUUUUUCGAUGCCGUUGAAGCAGCUCUUGACAGACAAGACAAGAUGGAGGAACAGUCUCACACCGAGAAAUCGAGGAUACAGAGGUCCAGUCCAGUUCCCCCAGGAGAUGUCUACUCCACCAUAGGAUCACACAGAUUCGCUGACAAGGUGGAGGAAAUGGUGCAGAAUCACAUGACCUACUCGCUGCAGGAUAUGGGCGGAGACGCCAACUGGCAGCUGGUGGUGGAGGAGGGAGAGAUGAAGGUGUACAGGAGGGAGGUUGAGGAGAAUGGCAUUGUCCUGGACCCCCUGAAGGCCACCCAUUCUGUGAAGGGAGUCACGGGACAUGAGUUGUGUCACUACUUCUGGGACACGAACGUACGCAACGACUGGGAGACUACCAUUGAGAACUUCAACGUUGUGGAGAUGUUAUCAGACAACGCUGUAAUCGUCUACCAGACACACAAGAGGGUGUGGCCAGCAUCCCAGAGAGAUGUGCUGUACUUGUCUGCUAUGAGGAAGAUCCUGGCUAACAACGAGAAUGACCCAGACACCUGGCUGGUCUGCAACUUCUCUGUGGACCACGACAAUGCCCAGACCACCAACAGGUGUGUUCGCGCCAAAAUCAACAUUGCCAUGAUAUGCCAGACCCUGGUGAGCCCACCAGAGGGCGACAGAGAGAUCAGCAGAGACAACCUUACCUGUAAAAUCACCUAUGUGGCCAAUGUGAACCCGGGAGGCUGGGCUCCUGCCUCAGUUCUGAGGGCUGUGGCCAAGAGGGAGUACCCCAAGUUCCUCAAGCGCUUCACCGGCUACGUCCAGGACAAGACAGCCGGGAAACCUAUCCUCUUCUGAGUCUCACAGGACUCACAGCACCCCUGUCCACACAACUGACUGUUCCGAACAUUGCAACCCAACUCUAGCUAGCACUCAUGCUAAGUGCUAGGGUACAGCUAGGCCUUUUUUAGACUAGCUUCCAUGCGAGCUCUCUUGCUAGGUCUUCAGCUAGCUUAAAUGUAAGCCCUCAUGCUAGCGUCAAUGCUAGUUUCCCAUUCAAUACCUCAUGCUAGUUUUUUAUACAAGCUCGCUCCUCAUGCUAGCUCUUAUGCUAGUUUCCUUUGCUAGCUCUCAUGCUAGUUUCCUAUGCUAGCACUCAUGCUAGUUUCCUAUGCCAGCUCUUAUGCUAGGUCCUUUGCUAUUUCUCUUGCUAGUUUUUAUGCUAGCUCCCAUGCUAGUUUCAUUAGCUAAUGCAGAAAGACCUAUAAGAAUAGCCAAAAUGUAAAUUGUGUUCCCUUUUCUGGCAGAGAUAUAUUAAUUUAAUAUACUGUAUACAUGUAAGUAUGUGUUAUAAGACAUUUAUAAGAAAGCAAUUUUCAAGACUGGAAGACAAAACAUUACUCUAUUUUAGUCCUGCUUUUUGUAGUCGUCCUUUUUUAAGAAAUUGAGUUUGUUCCUAUUUCGUGUUGAUUUAGCUUUUUAUAAUAAUCAGUGAUGUUACAGCUUAUUCUCAUGCUGCUAAUUUUCUUAGUACGACAAAUUGGAUUGCCUUUUUUCCAGAAUGAUUGUCUUGUUUGAAAGAAACAAAACAAUGACAACAUUCCAGAGGGCUGUCAUUGAACUAUGAUCUCUAGGACAUAAGACUUUAUUCUUUGUUUUGUCUCUCUGGUGAAAACACCACUGUGCUGGUGCUGAUGGAGGGACAAGACUAAAAGUUAUUUUAUUUUCAAAUGUUGAAAAUGUAUUAAAUCUUCACAUUUCUUUAUUUUGGGGUUGUAGUUGGGUUUCAAUGUUGUUAUACUGUAGCAACACAAUUUCGAUUUGGGAUUUUAGAUAUCUGGAUUAUAACUGUAUAUAAUGUCGUCAAACAUUUCUGCUUCACAACCAGCUGUAAAAAAUGUUUGCAAAUGCUUUUUGUGACUCAAUUGACUCCAUAUGCCUUAGACUGGGGGAGAUAAUACAAUAGGUUUUGGGUAGGGGAGAGGGUGCUGAUAGACAGUACACCAUAUGUAAUCACUAGAGACGUGCCAAGGGCCUAGUUCCAAUGCCUGAUUGUUGUCCCUUUCUUUCCUGCCUUCGUUGAAGUAAAUCACAACCCUGAUAUGACUGAGUGGAAACCUGAAACGUGACCCUUAUCCAAUCAGGAUGAUGUCAGGGCAGUCGUUAGUAGGAAGGGAGGAAGUAAGGAGGUCCUUUUAAGGCAUGGGUGUCAAACUCAUUCCAUGGAGGGCCUAGUGUCUGCGGGGUUUUGGUUUUUCCUUUCAAUUAAGACCUAGACAACCAGGUGAGGGGAGAUAUUUACUAAUUAGUGAAUUUAAUUCAGCAAUCAAGUACAAGGGAGGAGCGAAAACCCGCAGACACUCGGCCCUCCGUUUAGACAGUUUCUACAUUUUACAGCAGACGGAAGCUUUGUCGCCUGCUGGGUACUUCAGUGAAAACAAUGAUGGUCUCCACAUAGUGAAGACCUAAGUCUUUCAUUUCAGAUAGUCUACCUAUUUAUAUGAAAGUAAGGGGUUUGGGGGUUAAUACGAUGUCUAAUUCAUUUCAUAACCCUUUUAAUUCAAACAUUGUGAUAUUGUAAUCAGCAGAAACUGAUUUUCACCGAAAGGCCAGCUCAUUGGAGGAGCUAUAUGCCAAUCAACUUUUCUGUCCAAUGGAGAGAUUGGUUCAAAUCCUUAGAGGAUGAUGGUGUGAACUGUAUGCUGGCUUUCAUUCCAAGUGAUCCUUGAUUUGGUCAAGUGAUUAUAGCUUUGUAUGUUCACCCCUUUGCGAAGAAGUCCAAUAAAUUAUUUCUACAUUGAUAGCACAAGUAAUGUAUAAAGCCAAGUGGAGAAAUACCUGGUUAGAAAGACAUUUCAAAGGCUGGUUUCCCAGACUCAGAUUGAGCCCACUUCUGGACUAAAAAAGCAUGUUCUACAUACAUUUUCCUGGAAUCAGCAUAAUGUGGGUCUGGCAAACUGUCCCAAUAAGUUGUCCCUCUCCUACGAAUUACAUUUGUACUGAAUGUAAAAUUUGUGGGAAAUCGUGUAAAUAAAAAUGGUCACACUAAAGCUGUUGCGAUUGACUUAAAAACUGAA